GGGUCGAAGUUUAACAGCAUUCAGUUCUGCUUAAGCAUAAUCUAGCAAGCAUCAAACAUCCUUCAAGACGAUAAACUAUUAUAAUGGCAGAAAUCCCAGAAGAACGUAUGGAAGAAAUCAAGGAAGCUUAUGAAAUCUUCUGCCGAACCACUGAGAUGGAACUUGGAUUCGAUCAAGUUGGAGAUGUUUUCCGAGCCAUUAAUCUUAACCCAACCAUUGAAGAUGUAGAGAACGCUCUUGGAAACCCAUCGAAAGAAGAUAUGGCUGCCAAGAAAUUGAAGAUCGAAGAGUUCCUUCCAGUGUACACCAAGUUGGUUACUGAAUUCACUGAAGGCACUUACGAUGAUAUCCUUGAAGGUCUUCGUGUUUUCGACAAGGAAGGUAACGGAACAGUUAUGGGAGCUGAGAUUAGACACGUCCUCCGAACCCUUGGUGAGAAGAUGACAACACAAGAAAUCAGUGCUUGCAUGGACGGUCAGGAAGAUAUGAAUGGUUCAAUCAACAUCGACACUUUCUGCCGAUACCUCUUGGAAGAGAAAAAAGCUGAAUAAGACGACCAAGUAACAAUUUAGGACUUUUCAACAGUUGAGAAUUCAAGAAUGAAAUGGACUAAAUCAAUGACGACACCAAAUAUUGUGUUGAGAAAUUAUUCGUAAAUUAUAAUAAAAUCCCUAAUGUUUCAUCAUUAUGUUUCCUACGGUGUUGAAAUUGUAUGAUGCAACAGUUUAAGCCAGUUAAUACACUACGGAUGAAUGAA